AUGGAGGAGCGUGUGGACCAGGGCGCGGGGACCGUGAGCGCCGCGGUGCGGGAGCACCUGCGGAAGCUGUGUCUGCGGGAGUUCCCGUGCGGCGCCGGCAGCUGGAACAAGUCGCGAUUCCUCCCCCGGACUUGUCGGGUGUGGCGGGAGCUGGUCCCCAGAGAGGAGGAGGCCGGGGGCCCCUCGGAGGAGACGGUGGAGGACCUGCUGGGCCUGGUCUGCAGCCCCCAGUCGCCCUGGGCCCUGCUGGAGGACUCCAGUGCCGAGGACCGCUUCCUGAGGCAGCUGGCCAUCACCAACCCCCAGAUGCUCAGAGAGGACUUCCUGUACUCCUACUUCAGGUCCCUCCACCUGGUGGACAAGAAGGUGAGCCUGGUGGAUAAGGACCUCCUGAAGUUCCCGAAGCUCGAAGAGCUGGUCCUGAGUGCCAAUGAGAUCAAGGAGAUCGACGCCUUCAAUCUGCCACCAACUCUCAAGGUGCUGGAGCUCUACGGCAACUACAUCGCCAGCAUGAAGUGCCUGUGCGCCCGCCCCCCGCCCGGCCUGCAGCACUUGGGCUUGGGCGACAACAAGCUGCUGGGCCCCCUGCAGAGCGUGUACAUCACCGCCCAGCACUGGCCCAACCUGGUGUCUCUGGACCUGGGCUUCAACGACCUGACGGACCUGCAGGCCAUGGUGGCCAGCCUGAGCACGCUGCAGCGCCUGCGGCUGCUGGUGCUGCAGGGCAACCCGCUGGCCCUGGUGCCCUACUACCGCGGCUUCACCAUCGACAGCCUGGCGCGGCUCUGCGUGCUGGACGACAUCACCGUGUCCUCCAGCGAGAAGCACCUGUUCCAGGGGCUCCGCCACAAAGGCGACUUCUUGGCGCGCGAGGCGCAGUUCGUGGUGACGAUCGGGAACAUCCGGGGGGUUCUGGACUCCUCGGUCCUGGACCCGGACCCGGGGCCCCAGGGGCCCUUCAUCUCCUACAGCUACUACGUCACCUACGACUUCGUGGAGGACGAGGAAGGCGAAGGGAGCGAGUACGAAGGGGUGCUGGCUGAGAUCGUCAAGCCCGCGCCCAGCGAGGAGGAGGCCCCCGAGGAGGCGCCCCCCACGCCCACGGCCGAGGAGGCGGAGGAGGAGGCCGAGUCGGUGCCCUCGUCCCUGUCGCAGUCGCUGGAGCUGGAGUCGGGGGUGUCGGCCGGGACGCCCUCGCUGCCCCGCUCCCUGGGCUCCGACGCCGAGGAGCUGGCGCAGCUGCGGCCCAGGAUGGACUUCCGGCUCUGCCCGUCCCCGGGGACAGUCCUCUUCAGCACCGUCCGCAAGCCCUGGGCUGACGUCAUCCCCUGCAGCUACGAGAUGCAGCACUCGCUCCGGGACCUGGUGCCGCUCAAGGCCUUCCUGCUGGCGGGGACCACGGUCACCAUCGUGGAGGAGAAGAUCCUCUCCUGGCCCGUGGCGCCCCCUCCCGUCGACUUUCCCACGGCUGGCAAGGGGAAAGGGGAGAAGAAGAAAGAGAAAGCGGAGAAAGACAAGAAGGGGAAAGACAAGGCCGCCCAAGGGGAGAAGGAGAGGAAGGAUCAGAAGGGGCCCAGGAAGAAGAGAGGGCUUUCCAAGGAGCUUCGCCAGGACCCUCCCAUCCUGCGGGUGCUGGGCAGCGGCUUGGUGGUCCUGGAGCCCCUGCUGGCUGGGGAGUCCCUCGUGUCCACCCUGUGCAAGUUCGGGGUGAUCCGCACCUUGGAAUCCGAUAGGCUGACGUUCCUCAGGGAUUCAAAGAAUAAGAAAGCUAAGAAAGGCCUGGAGAACGACUACCACCCCGAGCCGCUGUCGGUGGAGGUGCAGAUCCAGAUCCUCCAGUGCCGCUCGGCCGAGGAGGCGCUGCGGACCCUCGUCGUGUAG